AACGUGGCACAAAAAUGACGCUAUUACUGUAGAAGCUUGGGUGAAUUCAAUGAAAGACAAAGGGGACUGUGUCCUUUUGCAUAAGCCCCAAGGAGUCACAUCCAGUGAUCAUCCACAGUUUAAAGAUGAAAACUUUAUUUUAAUAAUUAUCACGUAUUCACAGGCAGAAUUGUUGAAAAAACAUGGAGAGGAUAUAAUAUGUGUGGAUGGUACCCAUGGGAAAGCUGAAGUGCUGCUAGAAAUUGAUAGAAAUAGCUUAAUGGAGGAAAUAAAAGAAAGCAUAAUUAGGCUUCAUCCUAGAUAUAUUCAAGAUCUCUUAAGAAUGUGUGGCUUCAAGUUAGCCAAAUUGGACAUGAAAAAAAUGAUUGUAUAUUUGCCACAUGUAGAAGAUGGAGUAGAGCUGGAGAAGGAACUCAGACAGAGUAAAAUUGUUGUUUUACCGAAAAAUGAUUUUCCUACUCAUUUACCUCUGAUUAAUGCCCAACCACCUAGUCAAACAAUAACAAUCAGCAACUCAUCCCAUGUACCAGCUCGAAAUUCCACUUCAGCGAUUGUUACGACAAAUGACCGAGUUCAAAGGACGAGAAGGGUGCAUUUUUUACAUCCAGUUGAACAGGUUGAAGAUUUUGAAGAUUCGGAUGCAGAUGAAGACACUGCAGCAGUCGAUCAAAAAGAAAUCUUAAACUUGGAGAGUUCUUUGUUGUUCCCAUCUCUAAAAGAAGACGCAGAAAGGACGACAAUCGAAAUAUCUAGGCAGAAUUGUCUCCAUGACCUACUUCAGCUCUACACUGAUAAGGAAAUUGUAAAUAAAAACUUAGAGAUUAAAUUUAUAGGUGAACUAGGUAUCAAUGGUGGCGGGCUCACUAAAGAAUUAUUUAAUAUAUUUUUCAUAAAGUGUCAGGGCUUAUUUUUUCAAGGAGAGGAUUGCUUAGUUCCGUACUUAGAAUUGAGCAAAUGCCAUCAGCAGGAUCACUUUAUUAUUAUUGGACGCAUUUCGCAGCAUAUGCUGCUAUUAACGAAUACCCUCCCGGCAAAAAUAUCAAAAAUUACCCUGAUGUUGAUUGGCGAUCCAAACAAGGAUAUUGAUUCAGACGUUUUAUUGCAAGAACUCGGAAAUUAUGUGAACCCUUACUUGCGAAAAAUUUUUAAAAAAGAUCAAAAAAAUUUUUCGGCCCUAUCCGCAGAGGAGUUAGAAACGAUUCUGGAUUUUUUUCAGUCGAAUUGGUUCGAUGAAAGACCAUCCUCUGAAGCAUUUUUAGAACAAUUGAAAGUUAUUGCAAACGAGACAUUGGUGGAAAAACCAGACAGGCUCAUUUUAAAAAUGCGACAAGGGGUGAUUCCUGAAAACAUACUAUUUUUUGGAAAAAGUGUGAUUUCAGAGUUCUUUCGGAAAUGUAAACCCCUAUAG